AUGCAUCUUAACACAGCUCCGCUUGCCAUUGCCCUGGCAAUUAUUCUCUCUACAUCGUCCCAUGUCAUCGCCGCUCCACACCGACGACACCACGCAUUUAUCGAAAGAUCCACUGACGAUCUAUCGAAUAAUAAAAACGAACAAGUUGACCAGCGAUAUGCGCAUGGGCCAAUGCAUCCAGCCACGCCGCCGCCUCAACUCUUUCCUACGACCACAUCGUCAUCAUCAGUCACGGUAGCUACUGUCAAAACAGUCACAGUGUUUCCAUCACCAGUCAAGGCACCAAGUGCAACAUUUGCACUGCCUCUGGGUAUGCCAAUCCCCGAUGGGACUAGACGGCCAGUGACUUUAGUACCUCCUCCUAGUUCUACUACUAUUACUGCUGCUGUUACUUCAUCCUCAUCUUCGACUACCUCCACGAAAUCUAGCACGAGUUCAAAGGAAACAACAUCAACAACAAAGAAGUCCUCUUCAGUCAAAGCAACAAAUGCAGCCUCUUCGUCGUCAGUAGUAGCCUUUUCAUCAUCGGUUUUUGUUGCCACUCUCCCAUCAAGUACAUUAUCCAUCACCAUCAGCAUACCGACGUCAAUUUCCAUACCAUCUUCAAUCGCAAUUCCAAGCAUCACCUUACCAUCAUCCGUUGCCGCACUUUCCAGCAGUGCUAUUGCAGAAGCCCUCUCAGCCCUGUCUGGCACAACUCGCAAAUGCUGCUCAGCCGUGCACGACGUAUCGAGCACCAAGAACAACGACAACAACGGUAUCGACCUCGUAGAUUUUGUCGGUGACUUGAUUCCGGGCUUCGAUUGGGACUUCCUCCAACAAUUAGAUACUACGAUUGGGCUUAAUUGCGUCGAUAUCAACGAGGACGAUGUUGAUAGCAGCACUGGUGAUGAUGAAGUGUGCUGGGAUGUGGUCAGUUGCUGCGAGAACCAGGAAGUCAACAUCUCAGGUUCGGUGUUUUUAGGCUGUGUGCCACUUGUUUAA